AUCUCUUUCUGAAGUCGAGGUACUCCGUUGAUCAAGAUGGCGAUGAACGGAGAGUGCAUAGAUCAUUUGUUACAAGAACCAAAAUUAGAUGCAGUUAACCUAAACAGGAGCAUUCCGAUUGAACGAGUUGAAAGCAUCGAUAAUAUUUCUUUCAUUAGGGAUUAUCUUCAGGGUGGCAGGCCUUUGGUUAUCUCUGGUUUUGCGAGAAACUGGCCUGCAAUGCGAUGGACCUUAGGAAGCUUGAAAGAGAGAGUUGGUGAAAACAUUAUAAAUGUGAGGAGAAAUACAAAUGCAGACGAUUAUAAAGUUGGACAAAAAUACAAUAUAGAGAAAAUGACGUUUGGACACUAUAUUGAUAAUAUUUUGAGUGGUAAUAAGAAAGCAAAAAGUUCAUACAUGGCUGUUCAGAAUAUAAAGCAAGUCUUUCCUCAACUUGAGGAAGAUAUAGAGAUUCCUAGUUUCGUGGGGAAAAUGCAUGGUGGACCGUUUAUGUGGAUUGCGAACAGUGGUCAUUAUGAAUUUUGCCAUUUUGACCCUGAUGAUAAUGUUUUAAUUAUUUUGAAUGGCAAGAAGCAUGUAAAACUUUUUGACUGUGAUUUGGAGUCAAUGUAUCCAAACGAGAGAGGCUCAAAAGGAAGGACAAUCCAAUCGAAAGUCUUGAUUAGCCAGCCCAAUUACACUAAAUUCCCCAAUUUUCGUCAUUCAAAAUGUUAUGAGUGUACUAUUGAAUCUGGAGAUCUGCUCUUCUUCCCUGCUUUCUGGUGGCAUCAGGUUACUUCCAGUGAGACAACAAUAUCCGUGAAUAUGUUUUUUGGUGACAGUGGAGAGAAUGUGUUUCUAACUAAAGUUAUGUCCUCUAGCCAGUGGGGUGCAUUUCAGUACUGGCUACUCAAUAUCAUUGAGCAGAAUCGGGAUACUGUACAAUUUAAGAAAGUUUUGGAGCAUCUUCCAAGGUCACUAAAGGCUUUCCUUCUGAAGCAAUGGCAUGAAAUACCAUCUAAUGAACAGUUAGAAAGGCUAGUUAAAGUUGUCAAAAACUAUCUACAAAUUGAUGAACUCCCAGAGCCUGAGGUGGAAUGCAAACAUGCACCUCCAUUGAAGAUACGUGGACUGUUAUGGAGAUCUUGAUAGUGUACCAAAUAACUUUUCUUGUUUUGGAAUAACAUUCC